AUGCCUCAGCCCCUCAGCACCAAGGAGAACUCGCUGUUCCGCCAGGUCAUCCGCAACUAUGAGGACAAGCAGUACAAGCGGGGCCUCAAGGCCGCCGAGCAGAUCCUCAAGAAGAACCCCAAGCAUGGCGACACCAUGGCCAUGAAGGCCCUGAUCAUGAACCAGCAGGGCAAGACGGACGAGGCCUUCGCCCUCGGCAAGGACGCCCUCAUGGCCGACAUGAGGUCACACAUCUGCUGGCACGUCUACGGCCUCUUGUACAGGUCGCAGAAGAACUUUGAGGAGGCCAUCAAGGCCUACAAGUCCGCCCUGAAGCUCGAGCCUGAGUCCGCCCAGAUCCAGCGGGACCUGGCCUUCCUGCAGAUCCAGAUGCGAGACUUCGCCGGCUACAUCCAGAGCAGGUCCGCCAUGCUGCAGGCGAGGCCGCAGAUCCGCCAGAACUGGACCGCCCUCGCCGUUGCCCACCACCUCUCGGGCGACCUGGCCCAGGCCGAGAAGGUCCUCACCACCUACGAGGAGUCGCUCAAGUCCCCGCCCUCCAAGACCGACUACGAGAACUCCGAGGCCGUCAUGUACAAGAACACCAUCAUCGCCGAGCAGGGCGACUACGAGAGGGCCCUGGAGCACCUCAAGACCAUCUCCAGGCACAACCUCGACCGCCUGGCCGUCAUGGAGCUGCGCGCCGAGUACCUGGCCAAGUUGGACCGGAAAGAAGAGGCUGAGAAGGCGUACCGAGCCCUGUUGGACCGGAACCCCGACCACCCCGACUAUUACACCAAGCUUCUCGAAGUGGUCAACGUGGCCGCCGACGACCAGGCAGCAAGGAAGGCCGUGUACGACGAGUACGUCGAGAAGAACCCUCGCUGCGAUGCGGCCAAGCGGUUACCCCUGGAUUUCUUGACCGGGGACGCUUUCCGCGAAGCUGCAAAGGCAUACCUUGGCCUCAUGUUGGACAGAGGAAUCCCAUCGACCUUUGCCAACCUGAAGCACCUGUACGUGGACGCGUUCAAGAAGGAUACCCUUGGUGCCAUCGCGCAAGAGUACCUGGAAUCCAAGAAGUCGAGCGGCGAGAAGGCACCGUCGAAUGGUGAUCCACCAAAGGGCGAGGGCGCUGCGCUGUACUAUCUCGCCCAGCACUACAACUACCAUCUGAGCCGCGACUUGGCCAAGGCUAUGGACUUUGUCAACCAAGGCCUCGAGCUGGCACCCAAGAACCUCGAGUUCCACAUGACCAAGGCUAGGAUAUGGAAGCACUACGGUAACACGCAAAAGGCGGCGGACACGAUGGACGAGGCACGCAAGCUCGAUCUCAAGGACCGCUACAUCAACACCAAGGCUGCAAAGUACCAAUUACGAAAUGACAACUCCGAAAAGGCAUUGGAGCUGAUGGGCAUGUUUACUAGACCUGACUCGCAAGCUGGUCCCCUGAGCGACCUGAUCGACAUGCAGUGUGUCUGGUACAUGACCGAGGAUGGUGAGACCCAGGCCCGCAAGGGCAAUGUCGCCCUGGCGUUGAAGCGUUUCCACCUCGUCAAUGGCUUCUUUGAUGUGUGGGUAGAGGACCAAUUCGAUUUCCACAGCUUCUCGUUGCGGAAAGGACAGAUCCGUGCCUACGUGGACAUGAUUCGCUGGGAGGAUCAGGUGCGCGAGCACCCCUUCUACAGCCGCUCCGCCUUGGACGCUGUCAACCUGUACAUCAGCAUGCACGACAGCAAGUCAUUGGCGAAUGGAGUCAACGGCACCGAUGCCAAUGGCGACGAUGCCGCGGAGCGUAAGAAGGCUGCGAAGAAGGCCAAGAAGGAGGCCCAAAAGGCAGAGCGGGAAGCGGCCGAGAGAGCAGCAAAGCAGGACCCUAACAAGGCCAAGAGCCCCCUCGACGAGAACAAGAAGAAGGAUGACGACCCCAACGGGCUCAAGCUUGCAGCCACCGAGCAACCAUUGGUCGAGGCAACCAAGUUCCUCUCCCACCUGCUCCAGUACAGUCCCAAGUUCAUCGAUGCACAACUCGCCGGCUUUGAGGUAUACAUUCGACGAGAAAAAUACCUGCUGGCGCUGAGGUGCCUGAAGUCGGCGCUGGACUUGGACGCCUCGCAUCCCCGAGUCCAUGAGCAAUUGGUCCACUUCCGCAACGUCCUGAACACCAAGCUCGCUUCUCUGCCUGCCAAGGUCCAGGAAGUCAUCAAGUCAGAAUUCACCGCUCUUGACGCCUCCACGGACCUGAAGAAGUACAACGCCGACUUCCAGGCCAAGAACAGCAACAGCGCACCUCACGUGAUCGCAGCCAUCAAGGCGAAGAAGCUGUUGGGCGAGGAUCAGAGCAAGGUCGAGAAAGAGUUGGCCGACGUACUCAGCGUCAAGGGCAUCAAGUUUGAGGACGCCAAGGAAGUCUUGGCCCUCCUGCGCGGCUGGAGGAGCAAGGAGGUCGAUGGCUUCAAGAAGGCGGCGGCCGAGAAGUGGCCCGAGGUCACGGCCUUUGCGUAA